AGCCUCUGUCAGGCGGAGGGAAGCCGCAAGUGUUGGGGGCUGGAACGGUACCGGAGAGAGACAGGAAAGGCCCUGAGACGCAAAGAUGCGGGGGUGCAGAUGGGUGGGAAGAGGCAGAUUCCGUGGGAGUUAAGAGGUGCAAGCCUAAUCCAGACUCAUUCGCCUUCACUUCCUACCGGGGAGUGUGUUGGGGGCGGCAGAACUAAUCCCUAAUUCUCACAGGGGAGGUGGAGCAUUAGACUCACCUGAGAGGGGCUUUGCCAGCAUACACCUGCAGCCCUUCUCUCGGUUCCUACGCCCCUCUGCUCUCUACCCCAUUUUACCAAUAGAAAAACUGAGGCCGCUCCCUCCGAUGCCACUCGGAAAGGAGAGUCUUGGAGUGGUGGUCAGAGGCCCCGGGCCCACUCCCUGCCACCUCUAUCGACCUCAGUUUCCCCAUUGUACAAUGAUGCGGAAGGCCAGGCUGGACAGUUCCAAGCAAGGGACAGGCAGGACCAGGAAUCGCUGGUUCCAGGAGCCUCCAUCGCCGCCCCGUCUCCUUAUUCAUAGUCUGAAUCUUGUGUUUCUUCUGAGCGAGGAAUAAGGGAGGGGAGGGCGGAGCUGGGGCCGUGCCUCCUGCUGGAUGAGUCACCUCUCUCUGGGGGGGCCUAGGGUGGCCCCUCUUCCAGCCUGUCAUGUAAAAUGCUCAGCACAGUACAUACCCGUUGCUAUUAUCAUCGGGGAAGAGCAGGGACCAGGGACCGGGGGUGGGAGGGAACCCUUCCCUCGCUUAGAGAUGAGGCUGGAGGACAGGACCCGGCUGGAAGCCCUUCAGUGGGGCUCAGGGUGGGGGCUGGUGAGGAAAGAGUUAAGUCUAGGCUCCGCCCCCUGCAGGAUUAAUUGAUCGCCGCGGCGAAGCCAGCCGCAGCCCUGGAGGGAGAGUGAGUCCCGGCAACCAAUCAGAUAAGAGGACGGCUUCGGGCAAGACUCCUAUUGGCUUACUCCUAUUCCCUCCGGAGAAAGGAGAGCUCCUUUAAUAAGCGCCUACGCUCUGCUGGGCUCUAAACGGAGCUUCCAGGAACCUAGCGCGGUGGAAUAGAUGAUGAGAUUCAGAGAGGGACAGGGAGUUGCCCGCAGCCACACAGCUCGUCCUCAGACUGACCCCUUAGUCCUGUUUCCUGUCCAUUCCCACCAUGGCCUUCUGGAUACAGCUAAUGCUGCUGCUUUGGAAGAAUUUCCUGUAUCGCAGGAGACAGCCGAUCCAGCUCUUGGUGGAGUUGAUGUGGCCUCUCUUUCUCUUCUUCAUCCUGGUGGCGGUCCGCCAUUCCCACCCCCCACUCGAGCAGCAUGAAUGCCACUUCUCCAACAAGCCGCUUCCUUCAGCCGGUACCAUCCCUUGGCUCCAGGGCCUCAUCUGCAAUGUGAACAACACCUGCUUCCCCCAGCCCACGCCCGGCGAGGAGCCUGGCGUCCUCAGCAACUUCAAGGACUCCCUGGUCUCCCGGUUCCUGGCCGAUAUGCGCACUGUCCUGGGGAGCCCCAGUGCCCGCAGAAUGCUGGCCAGUCUGAGGAAGCUGACGCCUACACUGAAGGCUGCCCAGGGAGCCAGGGCAGCCUGGUCUCUGCUGAGUGACCAGCCCAAGGAAGGACCAUCCUCGGCCACUGAGCUGCUAGAGACACUGCUGCGAGGGGAAUCCCUGGGAUUUACACUGGGCCAAGCCCAGGAGUCCAUUGGCAGCUUUGUGGAGGCAGCAGAGGACCUGGCCCAGGAGCUCCUGGCACUUCCUAGCCUGGUGGGGCUGUUGGCACUCCUACGGAGACCCCAAGGGACAGGUGGCCCCCUGGAGGUAGUGGUGGAAGCUCUCUGCAGUGCUAAGGGGCCCAGCAAACCAGAGGGGCCCUCCCUCAACUGGUACGAGGCCAGUGACCUGAAGGAAUUGGUGGGGCAGGAGCCUGUGCAGGCCCUACCCGACCGCAGCUUGAGCCCCGCCUGCACUGAGCUGAUGGGGUCCCUGGACACCCACCCAGUGUCCCGCCUGCUCUGGAGGCGCCUGAAGCCUCUGGUCCUGGGGAAAGUACUGUUUGCACCUGACACACCCUUCACCCGGCAGCUCAUGACCCAGGUGAACCGAACCUUCCAGGAGCUGGCUCUCUUGAAGGACAUCCAGGAGGUGUGGGGGCUGCUGGGACCCCAGCUCUUUGCCUUCAUGAACGACAGUGCAAAUGUUGCCAUGCUGCAGAGGCUCCUGCAAAUCCAGGACAAAGGAAGCAGGCAGCCAGGACCCAGAGGCCGGGACCAGGUGGAGGCCCUUCGUGCCUUUCUGAAUCCCCGCAGUGGCAGCUACAGCUGGCAGGAGGCCCUUGCUGAUGUGGGACACCUGGUGGGCACCUUGGGCCGUGUGAUGGAGUGCGUGACCCUGGACAAGCUGGAGGCUGUGCCCUCGGAGGCUGCCCUGGUGGAGCGGGCCCUGGAGCUAAUCUCCGAGCAUCGUUUCUGGGCUGGCAUUGUCUUCCUGGGACCUGAGGACUUCUCAGUCCCUGGCCAUGUGCGCAUCAAGAUCCGCAUGGACAUCGAUGACGUCACAAGAACCAAUAACAUCAGGGACAGGUUUUGGGACCCCGGUCCGGCUGCUAACCCCCUGAGAGACCUGCGCUAUGUGUGGGGCGGCUUCGUCUACCUGCAGGACCUGCUGGAACGUGCAGCUGUGCAUGUGCUCACAGGCGCCUCGCCCCGUGUCGGCCUCUACCUGCAGCAGAUGCCCUACCCGUGCUAUGUGGACGACGCGUUCCUGCGCGUGCUGAGCCGGUCACUACCGCUGUUCCUGACACUGGCCUGGAUCUACUCUGUGGCGCUGACAGUGAAGGCUGUGGUGCGUGAGAAGGAGACGCGGCUGCGCUACACAAUGCGGGCCAUGGGACUUAGCGGUGCCGUGCUAUGGCUCGGCUGGUUCCUCAGCUCCCUUGGGCCCUUCCUUCUCAGCACCGCAUUGCUUGUGCUGGUGCUCAAGCUCGGGGACAUCCUCCCCUACAGCCAUCCGGUUGUACUCUUCCUGUUCUUGGCGUCUUUUGCUAUGGCCACGGUGGUCCAGAGCUUCUUGCUGAGCGCCUUCUUCUCCCAUGCCAACCUGGCAGCAGCCUGCGGAGGUCUCGCCUACUUUGUGCUCUAUCUGCCCUAUGUGCUGUGCGUGGCCUGGCGGGACCAGCUACCCAUGGGAGGCCGCGUGGCUGCUAGCCUUCUGUCCCCGGUGGCUUUUGGCUUUGGCUGCGAGAGCCUGGCCCUGCUGGAGGAGCAGGGAGAAGGUGCGCAGUGGCACAAUGUGGGCACCGGGCCUGCCGCCGAUGUCUUCAGCUUGGCCCAAGUCUCGGGCCUUUUGCUGUUUGAUGCUGUACUCUACGGCCUCGCCACUUGGUACCUGGAGGCCGUGUGCCCAGGCCAGUAUGGGAUCCCCGAACCGUGGAACUUUCCCUUUCGGAGGAGCUAUUGGUUUGGGACUCGGUCCCCCAAUGGUUCUGCCCCACCCGCUGCCCUGCAGGACCCUGAAGUGCUGGUGGAAGAGGCCCCACCUGGCCUGAUUCCCGGGGUCUCCAUUCGGGGCCUAGAAAAGCGCUUUCCUGGCAACCUGCAGCCAGCCCUGCGAGGGCUCAGCCUGGACUUCUACCAGGGCCACAUCACCGCCUUCCUGGGCCACAAUGGAGCGGGCAAGACCACCACACUGUCCAUCCUGAGCGGCCUCUUUCCACCCACGGGUGGCUCCGCCCGUGUCCUGGGCCACGAUGUCCGGUCCAGCAUGGCAGCCAUCCGACCCUACCUGGGCGUCUGCCCCCAGUACAACGUGCUGUUUGACAUGCUGACCGUGGACGAGCAUGUCUGGUUCUAUGGGCGGUUGAAGGGUCUGAGCGCAGCUGCUGUGGGCCCAGAGCAGGACCGUCUGCUGCAGGACGUGGGCCUCGUCCCCAAGCGGCACACACAGACACGCCACCUCUCAGGUGGGAUGCAGCGGAAGCUUUCAGUGGCCAUUGCCUUUGUGGGGGGCUCCCGAGUUGUUAUCCUGGAUGAGCCCACGGCUGGUGUGGACCCUGCUUCCCGCCGAGGCAUUUGGGAGCUGCUGCUCAAAUACCGCAAAGGUCGCACACUGAUUCUCUCCACCCACCACCUGGAUGAGGCAGAGCUAUUGGGAGACCGAGUAGCAGUGGUGGCAGGCGGCCGCUUGUGUUGCUGUGGCUCCCCACUCUUCCUGCGGCAUCACUUGGGCUCUGGAUACUACCUGACACUGGCAAAAGGUCCCCUAGCCCUGGCUGCCAGCAGAAAGGGUGACACUGCCUUGAAGGACAGCAUGGAUGCCCAGCAGGAGAGGGAACAGAGCAGUACUGCUGGUGCAGUCCAGCUGCUGGCCCUGGUGCAGCGCCAGGUGCCUGGGGCACGGCUGGUGGAGGAGCUGCCCCAUGAGCUGGUGCUGACGCUGCCCUACAAGGGUGCCCUGGAUGGCAGCUUUGCUGGGCUCUUCCAAGAGCUGGAUCAGCGGCUGGAGGAGCUGGGGCUGGCCGGCUACGGGAUCUCUGACACCAGCCUCGAGGAGAUAUUCCUGAAGGUGGUGGAAGAUUGUGCUGUGGCCACAGGCCCAGAGGAUGCAGCCACAGACAGUAGACGGAGGCAGCACCCAUGCUCAGGCAUCGCUCAUCGGGACAUGACCACGCGGUUCCAGGUUCUGCCAGAGGAGGCAGCCCUGGAGGAUGGGGCACUGGCUGGGUCUGCCCCCGAGACACAGGCUCUGCAGGGUUCUGGGCCAGAUGCCGCAGGCCGCUUGCAGGGCUGGGCACUGACCCGCCAGCAGCUCUGGGCCCUGCUUCUCAAACGCUUUCUGCUUGCCUGCCGCAGCCGCCGUGGCCUAUUCGCCCAGAUUGUGCUGCCUGCCCUCUUUGUGGGCCUGGCGCUGGUGUUCAGCCUCAUCGUGCCCCCCUUCGGAUUCUACCCGGCUCUGCAGCUCAGUGCCAGCAUGUAUGGCACCCAGGUAUCCUUCUUCAGCGAGGAUGCCCCGAGGGACCCUGCACGUGCCCGCCUGCUCGAGGCGCUACUGGAGGAGGCGGGAUUGGAGCAGCCUUACCUGAAAAAUAACUCCACCAGGGCACAAGAGUGCGCACAGCCCAGCUGCCAGUUCUCAGUGCCCGAGAUUCCUGCAGACGUGGCCGAGGUCUUGGCCAGAGGCAACUGGACCUCGGAAUCUCCAUCCCCCACCUGUCAGUGCAGCCGGCCAGGUGCCCGGCGCCUGCUGCCUGACUGUCCCACUGCGGCCGGCGGCCCCCCGCCGCCCCAGGCAUCCACCAGUUCGGGCGAAGUAAUCCAGAACCUAACAGGCCGGAACCUGUCGGACUUCCUGGUCAAGACCUACCCACGCCUGGUGCGCCAGGGCCUGAAGACCAAGAAAUGGGUGAACGAAGUCAGGUAUGGGGGCUUCUCCUUGGGGGGCCGAGACCCUGGCCUGCCCUCGGGGCUUGAGGUGAGCCGUUCGGUGGAGGAGUUGCGGGCACUGCUGAGCCCCCAGCCCGGCGGGGCCUUUGAUCGAAUCCUGAACAGCCUCACUGAGUGGGCUCUUGGUCAGGACACUCAGGACAGCCUCAAGAUCUGGUUCAACAACAAGGGCUGGCACGCCAUGGUGGCCUUUGUCAACCGAGCCAACAAUGCUCUCCUACAUGCCCGCCUGCCACCAGGCCACGCCCGCCACAACCAUAGCAUCACCAUGCUCAACCAUCCCCUGAACCUCACCAAGGAGCAGCUGUCUGAGGUCACGUUGAUGGCUUCCUCGGUGGACGUACUUGUCUCCAUCUGUGUGGUUUUUGCCAUGUCCUUCGUCCCGGCCAGCUUCACCCUGGUCCUCAUUGAUGAGCGUGUCACCCGAGCCAAACACCUGCAGUAUGUUGGGGGGCUGCCCCCCACUCUCUACUGGCUUGGCAACUUCCUCUGGGACAUGUGUAACUACUUGGUGCCAGUGUGCAUCGUGGUGCUCAUCUUUCUGGCCUUCCAGCAGAAGGCGUAUGUGGCCCCUGCCAACCUGCCGGCCCUCCUGCUGUUGCUACUCCUGUACGGCUGGGCGAUCACACCACUCAUGUACCCAGCCUCCUUCUUCUUCUCCGUGCCCAGCACGGCAUAUGUUGUACUCACCUGCAUCAACCUCUUUAUCGGCAUCAAUGGCAGCAUGGCCACCUUUGUGCUUGAGCUCUUCUCUGAUCAGAAGUUGCAGGAGGUGAGCCGGAUCCUGAAACGGGUCUUCCUUAUCUUUCCCCACUUCUGCCUGGGCCGGGGGCUUAUCGACAUGGUGCGGAACCAGGCCAUGGCUGAUGCCUUUGAGCGCUUGGGAGAUGGGCAUUUCCAGUCACCCCUGCGCUGGGAGGUGGUCGGCAAGAACCUCUUGGCCAUGGCAAUACAGGGGCCCAUCUUCCUUCUCUUUACGCUCCUGCUGCAGCACCGCAACCGCCUCCUGCCAGAACCCAAGCUGAGGCUGCUGCCCCCCCUGGGAGAGGAGGAUGAGGAUGUGGCUCGUGAACGGGAACGGGUCAUGCAAGGGGCCACCCAGGGGGAUGUGUUGGUCCUGAGGGACCUGACCAAGGUAUACCCUGGGCAGAGGACACCGGCUGUUGACCGCUUGUGCCUGGGGAUCCCCCCCGGUGAGUGUUUCGGGCUCCUGGGUGUGAACGGAGCGGGGAAAACGUCCACAUUCCGCAUGGUGACUGGAGAUAAGCUGCCCAGUGGGGGUGAGGCCGUGCUGGCGGGCCACAGUGUGACCCGGGAUCCAGCUGCAGCUCACCGCUGCAUGGGCUACUGCCCUCAGUCAGAUGCUAUCUUCGAGCUGCUGACUGGCCGUGAGCACCUAGAGCUGUUUGCACGCCUGCGUGGGGUUCCUGAGGCCCAGGUUGCCGAGACAGCAAGGUCGGGCCUGUGCCGCCUGGGCCUCCCUCAGUAUGCAGACCAGCCCGCGGGCACCUACAGCGGUGGCAACAAGCGGAAGCUGGCGACAGCCGUGGCUCUGGUGGGGGACCCGGCUGUGGUCUUUCUGGAUGAGCCAACCACGGGCAUGGACCCUAGCGCGAGGCGCUUCCUCUGGAAUAGUCUCCUGGCCGUGGUUCGGCAGGGCCGCUCCGUGGUGCUCACCUCACACAGCAUGGAGGAGUGUGAAGCGCUCUGCACGCGCCUGGCCAUCAUGGUGAAUGGGCGGUUCCGCUGUCUGGGCAGCACACAGCGCCUUAAAAGCAGAUUUGGGACUGGUCACACGCUGACCCUGCGGGUGCCCUUGUCGAGAUCCGAGUUGGCGGCGGCCUUCGUAGAGGAGGCAUUCCCAGGGGCCGAGCUGAGGGAGGCGCAUGGCGGCCACCUGCGAUUCCAGCUACCGCCGGGAGGGCGCUGCUCCCUGGCGCACGUCUUUGGAAAACUGGCUGCGCACGGCGCCAAGCAAGGCGUGGAGGACUUCUCUGUGAACCAGACCACGCUGGAGGAGGUAUUCCUGUACAUGUCCGAGGAUCAGGGGAAGGAGAACCAGGAGGAGGCAGAAGUGGGGACUGAGCCUGUGCCGGGCCCGCAGCGCCCUAAACUCAUCACCCAGUUCCUUGACAACCACAGUAUGGCUGAGACCGUGCUCUGAGCCUCCCUUCUCUGUGGAGCUGGUGGGAGGCCCUGGGAGUGAAGAAGGCAGAACAGAGGGGUGGGACACGGGACCCAGACUCCCUGGAGGAAAUAAAGAGAAGCCGAUGUGAA